GAGGUGGUGCUGUGGGCACAAGACUUGCUGAAGGAGUUGGGCGUCAAGCAGACGAUUGAAACAACCCUCUUUUGUGACAACCAAAGUACCCUGAAAGCGAUCGAGAACAACGGCAACUCGGAGCGCUUGCGGAACUACGCCAAGGUGAUCCGGUACAUUGCAGAGUACGUGGAUGCUGGAAAGGCGGGGUACCAAGCUCCAUCAACUUACUGGAACGCGUUCUCGAGAGACGGCAUCACCUCACGGCUCCGGUGCUGA